UUAAUAGAAGCCUACUUCAUGCAGCUACGUGGUCACAAUGUGCACGUGCCCCGAAAGGGCGAGGAGCUGCAACGGCAUGAAUUAGGAAAUUAUCAAACAGCUCACCCAUCACAUAAUCAUGUGCACAAGGCACUGCACGAUAAACAGCUGGCAAGGCCAAAGAAUAUGCAUUCCGAAGAUGACGAAGAUGACGACGAGGCUGAGGAUGAUGAAGACGAUGAAGAUGAUGAGCAUGGCUACAAUAUGGCCGCGGAUUUGCUCAAUAAUACCAAAAAUGCCGAGGUGGACUUCGUCUUUUUCAAUCGCGUGCCCAAAGUAGGCAGCCAAUCGCUCAUGGAGCUAAUGCGGCGCUUGGGCAAGAUCAAUGGCUUUGUGCACUCACGCAAUCCGGGCAGCGCCAAGGAGACAAUUAUGUUGCCCAAGGAGGGCCAGAAGGAUCUGAUUGGGGAUCUGCUAACGCGGCCCAAGCCGCACAUCUAUAGCCAGCACAUAGCCUAUAUCAAUUUCACCAGAUACCAUCUGCCUCGACCCAUCUACAUAAAUCUUGUACGGGAUCCCAUUGAGCGCAUUAUCAGCUGGCAUUACUAUGUUCGCGCACGCUGGUAUUAUAACGAUAUGAAGGCCAAGCUGGGCGAUAAGGCCAUAGCAAUGCCAUCGGAUGAGUUCCUCGAUCUCGAUCUGGACACAUGUGUGCGUAACCAUGAUCCGCACUGCACAUUUGAGCAAAUGCAGAUCAAAAAUCCCGUGGGUGACCAUCGCAGGCAAACUCUGUUCUUUUGCGGCAUGAACAAGAAGCUGUGCAUGCCCUUCAACUCGGAGAUGGCCAUGCAGAAGGCCAAGCGCACUGUGGAGUCGGAAUAUGCUGUCGUGGGCACCUGGGAGGACACAAACAUCACGUUAACCGUGCUGGAGCAUUAUAUACCACGUUAUUUUCGCAAUGCCAAGGUGGCCUAUUAUCUGGGUGAGGAGCGACUCUCGCGUGUCAAUCGGAACAAUGUCACACGCAUCGUGAGCGAUGAGACGCGUCAGUUGCUACGCAAGAAUCUGACAAAUGAGAUUGAGUUCUACGAGUUCUGUAAACAGCGUCUAUAUUUGCAAUAUGCGGCACUCGGAAAUGGCAAGCGCUUUGGCGAGGAUGACUAUCUGCUGAUGCCGGAACUGCGCGGUGAAGAUUCGAAAGAUGAUUAUGAGUAUUAAUCGGAAGUGUAUAUA